AUGUACGGCAGAUUUUGCAUCGGCGGUGCAUUGGUGAUAUUACUUUCAGCUUUCCACUCUUCCAGUUCCAUAGAUGAAAAUAGCAAAAAUGUAGCGUCAGAAAGGCAUCCGAAACAGUAUUUCCUGUUUCCCGUUCUGCGAGUGGGGUUGGUCAGAUUCGAGAAUGGUGUAUGCAGAGGCUACAGCAACCUGACGGGUACUUGUUACACCAGGAGGCAGUGCACUCACGUUAACGGUGUGGCUUCGUCGACUUGUGCAAAAGAUAUCGGCGUUUGUUGCAUUAGCAAUGGAGUGUGUUCUUUUACAAUCCAGAAAAUUGAUGCUAACGUAUGCCAAGUCAGAAUAGACUUCUUGACGCUGAAGCUGGCCCAACCGGACGCCAACGGGAUUUGCAAUACCGACGCCCUGAUAGUAACCGGCGGCGCCUCGACGGUACCCAUUUUAUGCGGCGAAAACAGCGGACAGCACAUGUAUGUCGAUUUCAACGGCAACACCAAUAUUGUUAUAAGCAUAGGGACAUCCGGAGCGUCCGGUAGAUCGUGGAACAUCAAAGUAACGCAAAUAAAUUGCAAUUGUCCUUACAGAGCACCUUCCGGUUGUUUGCAAUACUACAAUUCUAUAACAGGUGUUGUGAGAAGCUUCAAUUACGGUGCAGCAGCUACGCAAGACGGGACCAGGCAGCUGUCGAACGAGAAUUACGGGAUAUGUAUCGCUACGAUUACAGGUUAUUGCGGGAUAACUUGGUCCCAAACUGAUGUGUUUUCCUUCGGACUGACGGAUAAUGUUUACGCUUCAAUAGCGGAUGGUACACUCGGUACUAUUAACGCCGAGCAAUUCGGGUUGAAUUGUACGACGGAUUUUAUUGUGAUUCCCAGCCCGAUUUUGGUGCAAAACAACACUGCUUUGAAUACCGAUAGGUUUUGUGGAAGAGGAUUUAGUACUGUAACCAGUAAGUGA